UUCUAUAGUGCAUAAAAAUACAACAAUUCGAUAGUUUUACAGCUUUAGUUUAUUGGGAGUUAUCUUUCUUAUGGCUUUUCGUACAUUCCGUUGAUUUGUUUGUUAUGCAGGAUCCCAGCGCGCAAGUGCCUUCUUCCCUAAACGUUCCCGCCGUUCGGUUUGACGCCAGCAAGGACUUUCAAAAGCGGAGCCUAACCUAUGAGCGUGAUAGAGCUUUCGCGAGAACUCAACGUAAAACAUGGGUUCGCUCCAGUGGUGAAAGGCGAUCAAAUAGAGAAGCUCUUACUACUUUGUUAUCAUCGCAUGGCGAUAAUUCUAGCGAAUGCAUUGAAAAAUUACUAGCUGAGGAAAUAUCAUAUCGUGACUUGGCUUCACUCUCAAGUGCGGACCUAGAGUUAAUGGGAUUCAAAAACUCCAAGGAACGUGAAGAUUUACUGGCUUUUUUUGCGGAGUUACCAAAUCAAGAUCCUUCAUAUAAGAGCAUUUGUGGGUUGGUCGAAGCAGAAACCUAUAAUGGUGAAAUUGUAAGCAAUGCAAUUGAUCAUUUAGAAAACAUGCGGUCUGCUUUGCGCGCAACAAACUAUAAAUUAAAGAUUAUGCCUCCUGAUGAUAUUGUUGUGGGUGAAAAAAGUUUUGCCAGUAGGUUUGUGCUGGAGGCGCUAACGGAGUUACAGACGGUAACCGGAGAAAUCGAUAAAGAAGUCGCUGAUUUGACACAGCUACUGGUUGAAAAGCAGUCUUCUCAAAAAGUUAACAGAACCGCUAAAAAUAGAUCAUUUGCCUCGGUCGGAGUUUGGGCGCUUUUAUGCACAGUAGCAGCAGCCAGUGCUUUAGCUGCAGUUUACCUCACGAAAAUGAUGAAACACUAGAAUUAAGAUCCCAGUAGAUAUGAAGAUCUCUUUGUUUUUUGUAAGUGUUGAAUAAAUUGUCCCAUUUAGAAGAAGUUUAAA